AUGACGCUGUCAGAACGACAAAUAUUGGCCAUCUCGGCCACAGAGCGUGUUUGCUCGACUAUCUCACUGGUCGGCACUUUUGUUAUAGUCGCUACUUUUAUCUGGUCCCCCACGUUCCGUAAACCCAUCAACCGCUUAGUGUUCUAUGCAUCAUGGGGUAACAUCAUGGCCAAUAUAGCCACCAUCAUAUCGGCAGACGGAAUUCAUUCUGGGGUUGAUAGUUCUCUGUGCCAGUUCCAGGGGUUUUUGAUUCAAUGGUUCAUGCCCGCCGAUGCACUAUGGACAUUCGCAAUGGCAUGCAAUGUCUACCUAACAUUCUUCCACAAAUACAACUCUGAGCAACUACGCCAGCUUGAAUGGAAAUAUGUACUCUGCUGUUAUGGUAUUCCAUUUGUCCCAGCUUUCGCAUACUUCUUCAUCAAGACCCAAGCUCGAGGCCGGAUAUAUGGCUCUGCCAUCCUCUGGUGCUGGGUAUCUAUACAGUGGGACUUCCUCCGCAUCGCUGUCUUCUACGGACCAGUCUGGCUCAUUAUAUCGUUAACCUUCGCCAUCUACCUACGAGCAGGCACGGUAAUUUACCAGAAGCGGCGCCAGCUUCGGAACAUCGGCGGCGUGGACUCAGAUCCUGUCCCAGAAUCUCCCUUCGCUAUGUUGACGGGCAUUCAGGUUACCAGAGAGAUCGCUUGUUCAACUCCAGAGCGCCGGUCCUUGUCGGAGAGCAACGCCCGCGGGCUGCCGUGUGCUGCGUUCAGAGCAUACUCGGUCACUAUUGAGGGUGGGAGCACUGCCAGCACACUUCAACCUUCCAGCUCAAAAAUAGGCCCCAGUCCUCUUCAGCAGGAACAAUCUGUCAAGCCCGUGCGGCCGGAUGCAGUGGACUCACAGCGGAGGUCGACGUCCACGGAAACCAGUUCGGCUACUUGGGCGUAUACGAAAUACGCUAUGCUGUUUUUCAUUGCUUUGCUUGUUACAUGGAGUCUAUUCCCUGGCUCGUCCUAA